CAACUAGUCCCAAUCUAGCCUGAAAAAUUCAACUCAGUUUAAAUUCUCAUCGAAUCCUUCACAAAAUAUUAUUAGCAUCUUGGUCUGAAAAUUCCCCAAUCGGAAAUCCACACCCUCCGACCACCGCACCUCCGCCGGAGCUCCGAUCGUUGACUUCUUUUGCGACGACAACUUCAAGAAUCGGCGGAGCUUUUUCGUCAAUGUUUUUCUUCGUGUUUUCUUAACACUUAUUCGUCAGUUUUAACAAUGAAAAACGUUGGUGAGAAUGAGGCUGAUGUGGAGAGUGGAAGGUUUGAUAAAGAUAGAGAAAGGAGUUCAAAGACUAGUAGGAUAAAAGUCAACAAUCAGGCACUGUUAUCGGGCCUUGCUUAUUGUCUGUCAUCAUGUAGCAUGAUAUUGGUUAACAAAUAUGUCCUCUCUAGCUAUGAUUUUAAUGCCGGGAUCUCUUUGAUGCUCUACCAGAACUUUGUGUCAGUAUUGAUAGUGUCGAGUUUGAGCAUACUCGGUGUAAUAUCAACAGAACCACUUACGUGGAGAUUGAUUAAAGUUUGGUUGCCUGUGAACGUUAUAUUUGUUGGGAUGUUAGUUACAAGCAUGUUUAGUUUGAGGUACAUUAAUGUUGCCAUGGUCACAGUGUUGAAGAAUUUUACCAACGUGAUAACCGCAGUUGGUGAAAUGUAUCUAUUCAACAAGCACCAUGAUAACAGAGUAUGGGCGUCACUUUUCUUGAUGAUCAUAUCAGCAAUCUCUGGAGGGAUAACGGAUCUUUCAUUUAACGCUGUUGGUUACACAUGGCAGAUUAUAAAUUGCUUUCUAACAGCAUCGUAUUCUUUAACACUUCGUCGGGUGAUGGAUACAGCGAAACAAGUGACAAAAUCUGGUAACCUGAAUGAGUUUUCAAUGGUUUUACUUAACAACACAUUGUCCUUGCCUUUAGGACUUCUGUUGAUCUAUGUAUUCAAUGAGGUGGAUUAUCUUUAUAGCACACCGCUUUUGAGGAUGCCCACAUUCUGGGUUGUGAUGACGUUUAGCGGAUUUCUUGGGUUAGCAAUUAGUUUCACUUCUAUGUGGUUUCUUCAUCAAACAGGGGCAACUACUUACAGCUUGGUGGGAUCACUGAACAAGAUUCCCCUCUCGGUUGCUGGAAUUGUUUUAUUUCACGUCCCCACUAGUUUGGAGAACUCCGCCAGCAUCUUAUUUGGGUUGAUCGCAGGCGUGUUCUUUGCCCGAGCCAAGAUCAAGGAGAGAACCCAAUCUUGAAAAAGAAAAACAAAGAUCAUUAAACAUGAUUCGUGAUCAGUUUGGAGAAGUCGAUAUAUUUGAAGUUUGUCAUUCUUGUUUUCAUACGGAGAUAUGUUCUCGUGUUCUAGGCAAUUUUGUACACUAAGAAACAACAUUAAAGAUGAUUUUCGUGAAAGUAGUAUAUUUUGUAGAAAACUAUAUUGGUGAUUUUGAAAGUUGUUAUUGAAGGCACAUCACAUGAUAA